UCAAUGUGCCUGGGAGCUCACACAAUCACACACACACACACACACUCUCCAGCAAGAUUAUGUGAAGGAAACCGACUCAAAGUACUGGAAAUGAACCUCUUCUGCUUCACUCUGGACGGCUCGACAGACAGCCUGUACGAGCCUGCCCAGAGCGACCAGAACAGCCAAGACUCUGGCCCAUUACACAGAAGGCUAUGCAGCCCUAGCUCUGUGAAUAAGAAUGUUGGGAGAGGUUCAGAGCCUUGCAUCACCAUGAAGCAUCCAGAGACAAAUAAGACUCAUUUGGAAAAGGCAAAGAGAAAGUCUCAAAUAGUUACUGAAGAUGAGAUUACAGAGUCUAAUAAUGCCCACGGGCCCUCAACCAAGAAAAACGAUGGAUCGGUGCACGGCAAGAACAAUUCCAACACAGAAGUGGUCAAAGAUCACAACCGGACAAAACAAUUUACACGGGAGGAGAAAGAGCAACAAGAGAGUUUGGAGAAAACAGUGAAACAUUCAUGUGUUAAGGGUGUGAACUUUGAAUCCUGGAAUCCCAAUAGAGAAAACUCUGAAGUCAGACAGCAAGACGUGACCAGGAGGGCAGAGGGUGAGGAGGAGGCACAAGGAACAUUGAAAAGGAUCCAGAAAUUGGUUGGAGUGAAGAAGGGGGGUCAAAGCAGCACUGAGGAACCGUACAGGAACAGCACAGACACUGGUGAUCAUUUGCCAGAAUCAGAGAGAAAAGACCACAGUCCUGUCAUUACCUGCAUCACUCUGACCAAAAAAACUGAGAAAAAGCUUGGGAGCAGGUCGACAUCGCAACCACCGCGAUCCCAGCCGCCCCCACAGGAGAAGGAUGUGGAUAUAAUGGAAACAGAAGUUUCUUGGAGUCAAGGGCUCUUUCAGGAGUACUGGAACCCCUUGAGCUACUCUCCAGCCUGGGAAUCCUCCAGUCACACCUGCCACAGGUCAACGGCCGAACAGGUCAUGUACAACUUCAACUUUACCCUUCCCAGAGACACAGACUGGGACAAGUACGAACAACUCUUCCAACGAGUGGACCCCUACAAACGAGACCAGCAGGGCAGAUGGAUCACCCACUCCGUCAUGGACCUGGACAUGCCUGACACCUUGCGUUCCUCCAGUUUUGGGAUUUUUGACAGGCCCACCCAUGUCAAGACAGAAGAAAAAGGAGAUAGUUUGCCCGCGGAAGCAGAGUCUCCUGAGGUGGAUCCCGGUAAAACAGGAGGUCUCGGGAAGAGGAUGAAGACCAUCUCUCUGACCAUGCGUAAGAAGAUGGGCAGGAAAUACACUAAAGCCCUGUCAGAGGAAACGGGAGAGGAAAAUGAACCUGUGGCAACCGAAGAGGGAAACGGUGGAAGUUCUUUAGCUAAAGGUUGCUCCCAUUCCAGUAAUUCAGUGGAAAGUUUGUUCAGUUUGCACAGCGGACAGAGCUCAUCCAGUGGUGUGACCAGUGGCUCGGAGGGUUAUAGUAACAGGGACAGUCUGCGUCUAGAAGAAGACAUGCCGUACACGGGCCAGUUCUGUGGGAGAGCCAAGGUCCACACCAACUUUGUUCCAAGUCCGUAUGACACAGAAUCUCUCAAACUCAAGGUAGGAGAUGUAAUUGAUAUCAUCAGUAAACCUGCGAUGGGAAUCUGGACUGGGAUGUUGAAAGGCAAAGUGGGAAACUUUAAGUUCAUCUAUGUUGACGUGCUGGUGGAGGAAAUGGCUCCAGAACCAAGGAUCCGUUCUCACAGGAGGAGCAGAAGACCUCGACCCAAAACAUUGCAGGAACUUCUUGAGAGACUAAACCUAGAGGAGCACAUUUCGUCUCUUCUGCUGAACGGUUAUCAGACGGUGGAAGAUCUUCGAGACCUUAAGGAGCAGCAUCUCAUAGAGCUGAAUGUAACCGACCCUGAACACAGACACCGACUGCUAGCGGCAGCAGAAAGACUUCAGGACACAGAAUAUAAUAAUCAGACCCAUGGUGAGGCUGACGAGGAGCCCAAAUCUCCCUCCGAGCACAUAAAAACAGAGCUGAAUGACUUUCCUAGAGACUCGGGCUGUUACAUCGGAUCUGACUGUUCAGAAAACAGUAAAGAGGACACCGAGAAACCAGAUGGCCCCUCUGAGCCCAUCAGCAGCUGAAACCUAACCACAACACCUCCAGGCCUGCAUAACACUGUGUUUAAACCCUCGUCCUGCCUCUGGCUGGUGCAAGGGCGUCUGCUGGCCACAAAAUAGUUUGUAUUGAACACUUCCUGUCUCUUUGGGUAAAUUCAGACCUGUUGCAUUAAAGUGUUUUGUCCAGUGUUGUGCUGUGACGAUAUCAGGGAAACUGUGGAAACAUGAUGGUAAAUUAGAUAUUACAGAUGACAUGUAUAUAAAUUGUAAAUAUUAUGUGGGACAAAGCUUUGCUCUUGUAAACCGCAUAAACAUUGCCUUGCAGCUGUAAGACAAAAGAGAAAAAUCAUUUUAUGCAAUAAAAAAAGUUCUUCAUAUCAUAAAAAUCAAGCGAUUUUUUUUUUUUCAUAAUUUUCUGAUAGAUAGCCGAUACACUGGGGGACUCCACCCUUAAGUGGUGAGACUGAAGUGCUAAAAGUAUUUAGGAUCAGUUAUGAACUUAUACAUUCACACAUCUUAUGCGUUCAACACUUGUUUUCCCCAGAUGACAUUUGGCCAUUACACAUUAAAAAGUGAAAGUUAGUUGUCAUGCAAGGCGCUCUUGACUCUUUGCUGCCCUCUAGUGUGAGCACUUACUACAUUCAGAAAAAAACAAGCACGUUUACAUAGGCAUGUUACAGAUUAUGCUUAAGAAACCAACAAUGUAUAAUGUCAACUUAAUGACUUAAACCGUGUUCCUUUAUCAGGUUAAGGUCAUGAACGGAUUAAGCAAAAGCCACACGUAGAUGUUUGCCCGUUACACCAAUUUUGCCCAAACACCUUUACUGGCUGUUCUUACCGGCGUACCCAAUGGGUGCUAGUGUUCUGCGUAUUCCUGUUCUUUUGAAUCUCAAGUUAACAUGGUAUUUUGCAUUAUCAAGCCCUGUUGCUGCAUCCGAAUAUGCAUACUUCCCUACUAUAUAGUAUGCCAAAAACAGUAUGCUAAUGGAGUAGCAUGUCAGAAUCCACAGUAGGCCCUAUUCAUUUUUGUUAUUGUUUUUUUUUCAAUUACAGACAAGUACAAUGCAAAACGUACAAGGCAAAUAUAAGGCAUUGCGGUACAGUUCAGAGUAUACGAAACAACAACAACUAAAACAUAAAAUGAACAUGUGUGUAAAAAUAAAUAAAUAAAUACUAAAUAAAUAAAUUAAGUAAAAAACACUGGAAUAAAAAGUGCUAUAUAAUAUUAAGGC